AAAUGUGACCUAUAUAACUUACACUCUAUCUUAACUUCAUUUCUUCAUUCCUUUUUCUCAUCAAACUCUACACUACAACCAAACAUGAAGUUACUAGGGUGGAUGCAUCGAAAAUUCCGGCAAAACAACGGUGAAACCGCGAAGGACAUAUCCAUGGGUUACACCGGCCAUUCGUCGAUGGACGAUCUUCAGUACUACCCGAAAGGACCUUACAGCGGCGGCGGCGGCGGCAACAAACCUUUCGGAAAAUCGCAACGAGAUCAUCACUACCUCCGAAACUCAUUCACAAGUCUCGACUCGGCUCGAGUCGAAGAAGAGGAUCUCGAAGAAGAUCCGUCCCCGGAACUCAACGAGCUUUUCCACGGAUUCCUCGCCAUCGGAACUCUCGGCACGGACCCAAUCUCGACUACUGAGCCGGCGACGCCAACAUUUUCGAUCUCCGUUGAUCACAUCGCGGAAAAGGAAACGGAAGUCACCGAAAACGAGCUCAAAUUAAUCAACGACGAGCUCGAAAAGGUCCUCGGCACCGAAAGCAGAGACAGCUGCAAUCUUUCGUCCGGCCGGAACAGCCAAGUCAGCGCCGGCAGGAUCAGCCACUGCAGCGCGAUCACACUCGCCGGAAAAACUAUCGAAAGCGCCGAAACUUAUGGGAAUAUUGGAACAAUCACUUGCCCUCUGCAAAACUACCUUUUCGGAUCGGCGAUUGGGCUGCCGGAAACUGACCUGAAUUCUGCUCCGGCGAAGAAAGAUCAGAGGACUUCGCUCGGAGAGCUUUUUCAGAAGGCGCGACAAACAGAGGACAGCUCUGUUACAAAAUCCGAGAAGAGAAUCGACAAGGAAACCGACAGAUCUGCCGUGCAUCUUGUGAAGAAGAUGCUCAAGAAAAAAAUUGCUCAUGCUUCGGGGAAGAACUCCGCUGUGGAUUCGACGAAGCUGCAUAAGAUUCUGCAGAUUUUCAACAGGAAAGUUCAUCCUGAGAAUUCAGCAACGCCUCCUCAGAAGGGUAGGAAUGAGAUCAAAGAUCGUACGAACAGCGGCGGUCCGAGGCCGUCGGCUGAGGACAUUAUAAUAUAUCCUCAUGAUCAUGAUCACCUUCAUGAUCGAGGAUGGGGUUGCAGGGAGGUGGAGGGUGAUCAUCAUGUUCAUGUUUCUCAGCUUACGAAGAGCACCAAUGAUGCUACUGGGAAUGAACUCUGGGUCAAAUCUGAUGCAAACUACUUAGUUUUGGAGCUCUAAAGAAAUGCAACAAUGGAAGUUGAGUUGGCUUGGGGUACUUAUAUGUGUUAUUGCCACAAAAAGGGUACUUGGCUUUCUUAUAUAAAUAUUAAAUUAUUGUGUGGAUUUUUAUGUAUGUCUGAGUGGUUGGUUAUACUUACAGUUUCUAUCUUAUGUUGGGUUUGCAAGAACAAUAAUAAAAGUGAGAACUCUAUAUCCUAAUGUAAUAUUAUGCCUUCUAAUCAUGUAUUGUAAAACCUAAGCUA